CUUCUAUUGAUCUGUGCUAGCGACUGCCGCUGGAUCAUUCUUCAAGGCAAUCACCCAUAUCACCAUCAUCAUCGCCACGCCACGCCACGCCAUUCAACUUGCUCUCUGCUCACCUCGUGCUGUUUCAGGCGCUCUCAUCGCAGCGUACGCACACACGUGUCCCACCCUCUUCGCCGUCAUCCAGCAGCUACUGAACACAAGCGCACAUACCCACAUCUUUGUCCCACAAGGCGUCCAGACAUGUCUUUGUUGACGCCUUUUAGGGCAACAGACCUAUUCAAGUUCAACCAGAUUAACCUAGAUCAUUGGACAGAGACUUAUUCUCUAUCUUUUUACCUCACCUACAUUUCCAAGUGGCCCGAGCUAUGCUACACUCAGUACAGCAGCAGCAGUGGCGGCUCUUGCAAUAUCAAGUCUGCGGCUCGGAACGGUGCGUCGCUUGAAGGGGGCCACGCAUCGAUGAUGGGAUAUGUGAUCGGUAAAGCGGAAGGAAGAGAUACAGGCAUGGAAAGGGUCAAGGAGAGGCAUGGUCACGUUACUGCUAUCACUGUCGCGCCCGAAUUUAGACGGUUGGGAGUGGCCAAGGGUCUGAUGAAUCUUUUGGAGGAUGCCAGUGAAAAGGUGUACAAUUCUUACUUUGUAGACUUGUUCGUCAGACCUUCCAACAACCUCGCCGUGUCAAUGUACGAAAAGCUGGGUUAUGAAGUGUACCGCACGGUAGACAAAUACUACUCUGGAGGAGGAGCAGGAGGGACUGACGAGAACGGAUGGGAUAUGAGAAAAGCGCUCAGUAGGGACAAGAAGAGGGAAACAGCUCGAGAUGGUAAGAAGGGAAGAACUGUAGUCGUCAAUCCCGAAGAUACGUGGUUCGAACCUGCUCGAAGACCCAGACCUUGACGCAGCUUGUCAUUCGAAGUCAUGUGAAUAUAGAGUCAUGACUCUCCUAGCCUUUCGAGCGGUGUGUCGGGGCCAUUCUUUCUUGAUUCAUACUGACGCCUACGUCGACGAAUGACUUUGAGCGACUCGCUCGAAGGCUGCCUCUGAUGCUCUCAAGACUAAAGGCAGCAAUCGUGAAUGUUCGGAUCGAGAAUCUGGAAUCUAGGCCCUACAACGGGCAUCACGUGCUCGUAGUAAAGUUCAAG